AUGUCCCGCCGCUACGAUGAGACGCACUCUAUUACAUCACCAAGCUUCACUGCCAGUCAGGGCAUUCGUUACAUGUCUCACUCAGGGCCGAAGGAACGAACGUUGCUGCACAUAUCGACAUAUUCGUCCACCUGCCACAUCAAUUCGUGGCCACACCCAUUGAAGUUACCCAUCCCGGUCUGGCCUACCUUUUGGACCCCGGAUAUCAGUUCCUCGUCAAUGCCCCUGGAAAAAACCAUCCGAUGGCAGCCCAAUGACAUGGGAAGACGGAACAGCCUUGCUAUUGCACCUUCAUCGGCCGCUAAUCAGCUUCACACUCGUCCAGCAUGCAACCUCACCGGCCGCUUCCCCGUGCAUGACUGA